UGAAAAAGAAGGGCCCAUUUCCAUCUUCCUUCAUUAUUGAGUUCUGGAAUCCCCAUUUUCUCUGCGAUAGAACGGAGAACAAACGAAAAAGAAAAGAAAGUCGCGGUGGUAACUAGGGCUUGGACCGGAAACUUGUGGGCUUGCUGAAAUUUCCAAACAGUGAAAUUUGCAGAAUUUUGAAAAUGGAAGGCAUGGAACAGUGGAAAAAUGAAGCUAAGCAAUGGUUGCAACAUGGGAUUGAAUAUGCCAAUCAGAUAGAAUGGUUGCAACAAGGAAUUGAGUAUGCCAAUAAGAUACCUCCUACCCAACUCUAUGUCGCUGCUGCUGUCUUGCUUGUCACCAUCUUUUUCCUCUUGAUGAUUCGCCUGUUCAAACGCACAAAAUCUAAUACCAUUGUGCUCACUGGGCUCAGCGGGGCUGGCAAAACUGUUCUUUUCUAUCAACUUCGAGAUGGUUCUGCACAUCAGGGCACUGUUACAUCAAUGGAACCAAAUGAGGGCACUUUUGUUCUUAGUUCUGAAAGCUCUAAGAGUGGCAAAAUAAAGCCUGUUCAUCUCGUUGAUGUUCCUGGGCAUUCUCGUCUUCGACCCAAACUAGAUGAGUUUUUGCCUCAAGCUGCUGGCAUAGUGUUUGUUGUUGAUGCUUUGGAAUUCUUACCCAAUUUGCGUGGAGUUUCAGAAUAUCUGUAUGAUAUUUUGACCAAGGCAAGUGUCGUCAAAAGGAAAGUUCCGGUUCUUAUCUGUUGUAAUAAGACUGACAAAGUGACAGCACAUACCAAGGAGUUCAUCCGAAAACAAUUGGAGAAAGAAAUUGACAAAUUACGGGCAUCAAGAAGUGGAAUAUCAGAAGCUGAUAUUGCAAACGACUUUACUCUUGGGAUCCCUGGGGAAGCAUUUUCAUUCUCGCAUUGCAAUAACAAAGUUACGGUUGCAGAAUCUUCUGGUUUGACUGGAGAGAUAUCUCAGGUGGAACAGUUCAUUAGAGAACAUGUAAGACCCUAGGCUUAUGUUCUAUGGUGGUGAUCUAUCUGCUUUGGAAGCUGGUUAUUAUUGCCUCAUGAUUGUUGGAAAAACUUGAGGCGCCACAAGGGACCACCUGAACUUGCCAUAGGAAAGUGGCCGAAGUUGAAAGUAAAACGAAGAACAGAGGUGGAGAUAUCCAGUCUUUGCUUGUGGUGUGGUUAGACCGUUAGUUUCACUUAAAACAAUGAUGCGAUGAGAAAUUGUUUUAUUUUUUUGGAUUCAAUUGAUAAUGAACUUGUUUCAUCUUUUCAUAAUCAAGAUAUUGGUCUGCAAUAA